AUGAAGGAGGCCGUUUCUCACCAGGCGCCUAAAGUAAUCAAAAAGCUCCAAUUCAGCCUUCUAAAUGCCCAAGAUACGGUAAAAAUAUCAGAGUUUGAGGUCACGCACCGAGAUCUCUACACUCCUACAGAACGGCUACCCGUAAAACAUGGUGUCCUCGACAGGCGUCUGGGAACAACAGAAAAAAGCGCGUUCUGCGAAACCUGUGGUCAAUCGUCCGUAAACUGCGUGGGGCACUACGCCUAUAUCAAACUAUGCGUCCCAGUCUUCCACAUCGGUUACUUUAAACACACAAUCGGAAUCCUCCAGUCAAUAUGCAAGUCCUGCGCACGCGUCCUGCUCGAAGAACCAGAUAGGCGCACCUACCUCAAACGCUUCCGCCGCCCCAACCUCGAAAACAUCCACCGCCAAGCACUCUUCAAAGCCGUAAACUCCAUGGCCCGCAAAGUCGUCUACUGCCCCUACUGCUCCGCAACAAACGGCGCAGUCAAAACAGCAGGCGCACUCAAAAUCAUCCACGACAAAUUCCGCGCAAAGAAAACAGCCGACGAACUCGAAAAGUGGAAGAAGACAUUUGUCGCGGCUGUCGAGGCUCAGAAAGAGCUGGGGAUGUAUUUGAACAAGGCGGUGGUGGAGGAUCUGAACCCUCUAAAGGUUCUGGAUUUGUUCCGGAGGAUAUCAGACGAAGACUGCGAACUCCUCGGUCUUCGACCAGAAUGGGGAAGACCAGAACAAUUCAUCUGGCAAUACCUCUCCGUCCCACCUGUCUGCAUCCGUCCCUCAGUAGCCCAAGACGGCGCAUCCAACGAAGACGACAUCACAGUCAAACUCACAGAAAUUGUCUUCACCAACGCUCUCAUCAAACAAGGCCUCAGCAAAGGUGCACCUACACCUCAAUUCAUGGAACAAUGGGAAUUCCUCCAACUCUCCGUAGCAAUGUACAUCAACUCCGAACUCCCAGGUGUACCCUCCCAAAUGGGCCAAAAGCCCAUCCGCGGCUUCGUCCAGCGCCUAAAAGGCAAGCAAGGCCGUUUCCGAGGAAACCUCUCCGGAAAACGAGUAGACUUCUCCGGUCGAACCGUCAUCUCUCCAGACCCCAACCUCCGCAUCGACGAAGUAGCCGUUCCAGAGCGGGUAGCGAAGAUCCUAACCUACCCUGAACGAGUCACCAUGCACAACAUCGAGACGCUCCGACAGGCUAUUCGGAAUGGACCUGACGUCCACCCAGGAGCCAACUACGUCGCGCGAGGAGAAACCAAGAAAUUUCUCAAGUUUGGAAACAGGCAAGCUAUCGCAGACAAUCUCGCAAUCGGGGACAUAGUCGAGAGGCACGUCAUCGACGGCGACAUCGUCCUCUUCAACCGUCAACCCAGUCUCCACAAACUCUCCAUCAUGUGUCACCGCGCCAAAAUCCGACCAUGGCGAACCUUCCGUCUAAACGAAUGUGUCUGCGGACCCUACAACGCAGAUUUCGACGGAGACGAAAUGAACCUGCACGUCCCCCAAACCGAAGAAGCCCGCACAGAAGCCCUCGAACUCAUGUCCGUCAAACACAACCUCGUCACUCCCCGAAACGGCGAACCCGUCAUCUCUGCCAUCCAGGAUUUCAUCACCGCCUCCUUCCUCAUCUCCCGCAAAGACCGAUUCUUCGACAGACGAGAGUUUACGCAGAUAUGCUGCUACCUCGGUGACGCAGAUCUACAUAUCGACAUCCCUCCACCGACGAUUUGGAAACCAGUCCAGCUAUGGACAGGAAAACAGAUCUUCAACGUCCUGAUGAGACCCAACAAACAAUCCAAGAUCUUCAUCAACGUCGAAUCGAAAUGCCAGAAAUGGGAGGAAGCUAAGCCGCAGAACUUCCCUCCCAGGAUAACGCUCCAACCAGACUUGUCACCUAACGACGGAUGGCUAGUCGUGGUGAACAGCGAGAUCAUGUGUGGUGUGAUGGAUAAGGCUACGGUCGGUAGCGGGAAGAAGAAAUCGAUAUUCGGUGUUAUUCUCCGUGACUAUGGACCACAUGAAGCAGCUAUCGCCAUGGGUCGUCUAGCCAAACUAUGCGCUCGAUACCUAGCCAACUAUGGUUUCUCGCUCGGAAUCAACGACGUCAUCCCCGGUCCCGUUCUCUCCUCUCAAAAGGACGUUCUCGUCGAGAAAGCCUACGCAGACUGCGAAGACCUCAUCGCCCUCGCCAAAAAGGGUAAACUCGAGAACAAGCCCGGUUGUAACCAGGAACAAACCCUCGAAGCUAUGAUCUCUUCCGUCCUCUCCAAAGUCCGAGAAGAGGUCGGUCAAAUCUGUAUGAAAGAGUUGAGCAGACAUAAUGCACCACUUAUCAUGGCUACCUGUGGUUCCAAAGGUUCCGUUAUCAACGUCUCCCAGAUGGUUGCCUGUGUCGGUCAACAAAUUAUCGCAGGCCACCGUGUCCCCAACGGCUUCCAAGACCGCUCCCUCCCUCACUUCCCCAAGAAAUCCAAAACACCCCCGUCCAAAGGUUUCGUCCGCAACUCCUUCUACUCGGGCCUCGUCGCCACCGAAUUCCUCUUCCACGCCAUCUCAGGACGAGAAGGUCUAGUCGACACAGCCGUCAAAACCGCCGAAACAGGCUACAUGCAGCGGCGUCUCAUGAAAGCCCUCGAGGAUCUCACAACGCAAUACGACCUCUCCGUGCGCAACUCCACCGGCGGCGUCGUGCAAUUCCAAUACGGAGACGACGGCCUGGACCCCGCGUGUCUCGAAGGCGACGCCCAGCCCCUCGACAUGGACCGUUCCUGGCGACACGCCCAAGCCCGCAGCAACCGCAAGACCCGCGGCCUCCUCCCCUUUGAAAUCAUCCAAAUCGUCGAAACCACCCUCGCCUCCCCCCGCUUCACCCAGUCCUGCCUCCCCGCCUACUGCGACGCCGUCCGCGACUUCAUCGUCAAGAAGGUGGCGAGCCGUGUGGCGAGUGUGCGCGCUAAGCAUGAUAUGUUUGAUGCGCUGGAGAAGCCGGAGGAGUGGGAUGAGGAGAUGGACUUGACUUUGGGAGCGAGCGAGGCGUGUAAGAGGGUGGUGGAUAAUAAAGCGAAGGUGACGGAGAGCCAUCUUAGGAUCUUUUUGGAUAUCUGUUGGGAGAGAUAUGUUAAAGCUCGGAUUGAACCUGGCUCAACGGUGGGAGCUGUCGGCGCACAAUCCAUCGGUGAACCCGGUACCCAGAUGACGCUCAAAACCUUCCACUUUGCCGGUGUCGCAUCCAUGAACGUCACCCUCGGUGUCCCUCGUAUCAAAGAAAUUAUCAACGCCGCCAAAGCUAUCAGCACACCCAUUAUCAGUUGUAAGCUCGUCACACCCGAUAGCGAGCCCUCGGCGCGUAUUGUCAAGGGCCGGUUGGAGAAGACUUUGCUGGGAGAUGUUGUCAGUGUUUUGGAAGAAGCUUGGGCUCCGGAUUAUACCUACAUCGGUAUUAUCGUCGAUGUCGAUGCUAUCCAGAAGCUCCAGCUCGAGUUGACACUGGACGACAUCAAAUGGGCCAUCGUCGCGGCAAAGAAACUCAAGAUCAAACAAGAGUCUAUCACCAUCAUUCCCCGCAAGAACCGUCUCCGCAUCUACGUCGACGGCGAAGACAAGUUCUACCGCAUCCGUGAAUUGCGGCGAGGUCUGGCAGACGUCGUCGUCAAAGGCCUUCCAACGAUCCAACGUGCUAUCAUCAACAUCAAAGACAAGGACGAUGACCGGGGGAAGAAAGGCGACAAGGAGCUCCUCGUCGAAGGGUACGGCCUGCAGAAGUGCAUGAUCACAGAAGGUGUCGUCGGAGAGUUCACAACCUCGAACCAUGUCAUCGAAGUAGCCCAAGUUUUGGGUAUCGAAGCGGCUCGAAGGACGAUCAUCAACGAAAUCCAGUAUACAAUGAAGUCGCACGACAUGAAUAUCGAUCCUCGACACGUCAUGUUGCUGGGAGAUGUCAUGACUUACAAGGGUGAAGUAUUGGGUAUUACGCGAUUCGGUGUGGCCAAGAUGAAGGAUAGCGUGCUCAUGUUGGCCUCCUUCGAGAAGACCACCGAUCAUCUGUUCGAUGCAUCAGCAUACGGCAAGACGGAUAGCAUCGCUGGUGUGUCAGAGAGUAUUAUCAUGGGUAAUCCUGCAGCGAUGUGUGGUACCUCCAUGCCCGCCCUACUCUCGACAACACCGGUCGUGAAGAAACCGAGGAAACUCGUUUUCGAAAGUGCAUUCACAUGA